AUGUCUCCCGGAAUGUCACUCUUCUCAGUCCAAGCCGUCCUCAUUCUCGGGACAGAGGACGGCGCCCGAAUCCUCGCCAAAUACUACUCUCCCCCUCAUGCCACCACCACAGGCAGCGCAACAUCCACCAACCCCUACCCCGAUUUGAAAGCCCAAAAGGCCUUCGAAAAGGGCCUCAUCGAAAAGACGGCCAAGCAAACCGGCGACAUCAUCCUCUACGACAACAGAAUCGUCCUUUACAAGCUCGAGUCCGACGUCAUGAUCUACGUGGUGGGCAGUCUUGACGAGAACGAGAUUUUGCUGUACAACACAGUCCUCGCGAUCCGGGACUCCUUACACCUCGUCUUCAAACAAUCCGUCGACAAGCGCACCAUCAUCGAAAACUACGACCUCGUCUCCCUCGCCAUUGACGAAAUCGUCGACGACGGCAUCAUCCUCGAGACAGACCCCACCAUCAUCGUCCAGCGCGUCAGCAGAGCACCCACGCAGGAUGUGCCCAUCGGCCGCAUCGACCUCAGCGAGCAGGGUGUCAAUAAUCUAGCGCAACUGGGCAAGUCAAAGCUGGCGGAUUGGUUACGGCAGGGCCUGUAA